AUGUUGCUGCCCUCUGUCAAAGAAUCCUCUAAAGUCUAUAAGAACCUGGUAAGAUCACAGUCAUUCCAUUUGCCUGACUUAGAUGUUACGAAAUCCGAUAAUUACAAUAAAUCUGAUAAUGAAAACAGUAUGAAAUGGCUAAUAGUAGAUGAUGAUAUCAUUAGUUCAGUUGUUGAACAGCAGAGUGAGAUUAGUAUUAAAGAAGAUCGUGGUAUCAUGUUAUGUAAUAUGAUGACUGAGCUUGAAGUAGAGGAAAAAUGA